UUUAAACCCCUCACCCAGCCAGCGCCCCGUCCUGGCUGUCCGAGCCCAGACACGGAGCUCUCCUUCCUGUGGGCCCCGAGGAACCGCUCUCUCCCUCAGCAUGGCCAACAAGGGCCCCGCCUAUGGCAUGAGCCGCGAGGUGCAGUCCAAAAUCGAGAAGAAGUAUGACGAGGAGCUGGAGGAGCGGCUGGUGGAGUGGAUCGUGGCGCAGUGCGGCCCUGACGUGGGCCGUCCGGACCGUGGGCGCCUGGGCUUCCAGGUCUGGCUGAAGAAUGGCAUGAUUCUGAGCAAGCUGGUGAACAGCCUGUAUUCUGAGGGCUCCAAGCCAGUGAAGGUGCCCGAGAACCCACCCUCCAUGGUCUUCAAGCAGAUGGAGCAGGUGGCUCAGUUCCUGAAGGCAGCUGAGGACUAUGGGGUCACCAAGACUGACAUGUUCCAGACUGUUGACCUCUUUGAAGGCAAAGACAUGGCGGCGGUGCAGAGGACCCUGAUGGCUCUGGGCAGCCUGGCGGUGACCAAGAAUGACGGGCACUACCGCGGAGACCCCAACUGGUUCAUGAAGAAAGCCCAGGAGCAUAAGCGGGAAUUCACGGACAGCCAACUGCAGGAGGGAAAGCACGUCAUCGGCCUGCAGAUGGGCAGCAACAGAGGGGCCUCCCAGGCCGGCAUGACAGGCUACGGACGGCCUCGGCAGAUCAUCAGUUAGGGGGGCGCCAGCCCCCAGCCCUGCGCCCCCCAGCUCGCCGGCCGCAGCCGUGCCACCUAGCCCACCUCACCCACACUGUGCAGUUCCUUCCGCCGGCCCAGCUUCAAGGCUCCGUCACUGAGCAAAGGUGACUGCACCUGGGCAGCGCCCCCAACCCCAGCCUCAGCCGACUCCCCCGUCACCGCUCCCCCCUCCUCCCUGUCCCCACUCUGUCUCUCUCCAUCCUCAGCUGAGCAGGGGGGACGUGGGCUGGGGGCAGCCUGCACGAGGGGGCAAGUCCACUGUCCUCCCUGGCAGCAGAUGCCCACUGGAGGAGACCCAGCCCAACCUCUCCCCAUUUUUUGCUGGAAUAUUUCUGGGGUUGAAAUUCAAAAAGGAAGAAAAUAUACAUCAAUCUUUUCUCAG